ACGGCUGUCACGUGCCAUUUGGAACUCCGACGUUUUUGAAGUGUUUCUGCAGAUCCAGCGCUACAGGGCAGUAUAUGAAUUUAACAGUGCACAUAGUGUGACCCACAUCUGAAUAUAUAGAGAAGCUAGGAUGCCUAAGAAGAAGAACACAAAAUCCGACGACAUAUACGAAAUCCAUCAUCAGAUCGGAAAGGGUUCAUUCGGUGAGGUUUAUAAAGGUGUACAUAAGGCGAGUGGGACGCCGGUCGCUAUCAAGGUGAUUGAUUUCGAAGAAUCCGGAGACGAUAUUGAUGAAAUACGACAAGAAAUCUCGAUUCUUUCCGAACUCGAUUCUCAAUGGGUCACAAAAUAUUAUGGGUCUUAUGUGAGAGGCACUAAGCUGUGGAUUGCUAUGGAGUAUUGCGAUGCGGGGUCAUGCUUAGAUUUGAUCAAGACCGGGGUCCUAGACGAAGGUCUUGUUGCAGUUGUCUCUAAAGAGCUAUUGCACGGGCUCGACUAUCUGCACAGCCGCGGAAAGAUUCAUAGGGAUAUCAAGGCGGCGAAUGUGUUGCUGACGGACAAAGGCGAGGUGAAGUUGGCAGACUUUGGUGUUUCCGCCCAGGUAACAGCGACAAUCACAAAAAAGAACACAUUUGUCGGCACCCCUUACUGGAUGGCACCAGAGGUUAUUUUGCGAUCAGCUUACAAUUCAAAGGCGGAUAUAUGGUCAUUGGGUAUCACGGCAUGGGAACUUGCAAAAGGUCUUCCUCCUCACGCGAACAUCCAUCCGAUGCGAGUCCUGUUCAUGAUCCCCCAACAAUCAUCUCCUGUCUUGGGCUCUUCUUUCUCCGCUGAAUUCCGGGAUUUCGUGGCUCAAUGUUUGGCAAAGCGCCCAAGUCAGCGGCCUACUGCAAGCGACCUUCUCUCACACCCGUUUAUCCGCAAUGCCCCCCAUGUCUCCCGAUUCCAAGCGAGAAUCGAAAAGUACAAACUCAUGAAACAAGAAGGCAACACUGAGGUGUCAAAUCUGGAUAAAGCUGCCGAUAUAGCCUCAGGCACGGAGACUACCCGGGAUCUACCUCCGAGCUUUGGAUGGGAUUUUGGUACGGUGAAGCAGAAUACAUUGAAAUCACUUCGCACAAUGACUGAGAGAUCAAGUAGGAGUCUCGGAAGAAGCAUAGCCUGGGAAGAUGAGUUUGACAAUCAGACAUUACACGCCGACGAUACCUCACCACCCACUCCCAAACCAUCCGCCGUGCCAAGUACAUCGUCCGCCGAGACUUCCGGCUCAUCCUCGCUUUCUUCAUCAGCAAGCACGUCGACAACGAUGUCCUCCACAUCUCAAAGGCCAUAUCUUCCGGUUCUGAGCUCCAUAAUCCAAGCAAUUAAACAGGCCUACCCCAACGCUCCACCGUCCACACAGCAGCGUCUGACAACAAUAAUAGACACCUUAACGCAGAUGAUGCAAAGUGAUCCGAUGGUUGGUGAAGUUGUAGGGCGAGAGUUGGUUAGAUUGUUACAAAUAUCUCCGGUCGGCUCCCAGUCAAGCACGACGACGACCAGAGAGGCUUCGAUGCCUCCAUCAAUCUCCACGCCGCAGAAGCCACUGAGUACAUCGCACCAGCCUCUAAAAACCUGCUCAGAUUCACCGCGAUCACCGCUGGCAAACCGACUAUUGGAACGCUGGAGAGCGCGGGCAAUCAGAAAUGGAGCAUGA